AUUUUAGAGACUAACCCACUUAUUCUACAAUAUACGUCCAUUCUCGCAUACUUUGAAAGAUCUGGACAGACGAGGGAAUUAUACAGAUCUGUAAUAGAUUCUUCUGAACCGAACUCGACGAAGGCCAUGUGGCUAAACCAAAAGGAUUACAACUAUAUAAAUGUUACAUUUGCCGCUGUCCUCACAUCAGCAGACAACCUAAACAUUUCAAGAAUGAAAAACAGUUUAAAGUGGGAAUCAUAUCUGGAGGCGUUAAUAUCAUUCAUCUCAAAAUGAGCAGACCAGAAAAGACGCCCUUUGUGAGUGGAAAUGAAACCCACCUCUGUGAGAGUCAGCCCAGUUCUCUCUAUCCCAGCGUGGAUUUAUUUCAAUGUAACUACACGGAUGACAAGUUUGACAUGCAGCUGGAACACGGAGACAAUUUAACCCUGACAGCUUUUACUAAAAUCUGGGGUAUUUUUGAAAAAGACUUAUUUAUCGACGAGAUGUCUACAAAAUCUACAAUGUUUCGCUUCGAUUUGGUAAAGCCACAUCACUGUCUCCUAGACGGACCAUGUGAGGCGAAAGCACUGGAUGUUGUGGAAGAUGUCACUAAGUCUCCAAUAGAAUUGGAAUGGAACAAGUGGGUGGAUAAGCUUUCUGGAAUCCAAGAUUACAAAGUACAAGUUUAUUUGCUGCAGCUGAACACAACAAACUUAGCGGAACCAAAUCCGUGGCACCCAGACGAGGAAAUAUCCCUUUCGGCACUAGAAACAAGAUAUACUUACAAUCCUAGGAGAUCAGGAAUGUAUUCCUUUAUACUUAAUGUAAUAGACAGAGCCAACAAUGUACAAUACGCACGUACCUUGGUGUUAUAUGACCCUACUUCAAAUAUCACUCUCUCUAAAUUGCCAUUUAUGGCAAGAAGCGCAGAAGCUGAAACUAACUUUCAAUGGCAAAAUAACCUCGACAAGGAUAUUAUCAUGUCAUGGAAAGGACAUUUUCAGAACAAAUUCCAUGAGGACAAUAAACUUUUAAAUCCAGUAGCACAGUUUAAAAAUUUCAAUUAUGAUGCAAACAUUGAAAAACAAGUUCCAAACCAACUUGAUGAUAACUCGGGGAAAAGGACACUGAAAGAAAUCCGGAAUGUUCAUGGUAUAGUUAAAUUUGAAUAUUUCUACAGACACGGAAAUCAAGGGGAGAGAACCCCGCAAUUCUGGUAUAAGGUGAAUGAUACAUUUUCAGAAACUCAGGCUUUUAAUAUUGAGAGAAAAGAUGGCGAUACCAUUAACUUUUGGGUCAAGGCGACUGACAUCAUGGGGAAUACGAAAGUUGACUUGACGAAGAUUUCCUUUGAUUCCAGUCCGCCAGAAAGUUUAAACCCUUCAGACGUCAUAUUUACGAGGAACGUUAAAAAUGCCACUUACCCUUUCUCAAGUCGGCUACAGGUAGAUGUCUUUGACAGAGAAAGUGGGAUACAAGGAAUUCACGUGGAGCUAAGAUCUUCUGGAAGAAAUUAUAAACUAUUCAAGGAAAUUAAUAUCCCAGGAAACAAAACAGAAGCGGAUCCAGGAUUGAAAGCAGGAUACACAACGUCUGUAGGAAGCUACUUUUAUUACCGCCACACCCUGGACAUAAAUAACUGCUGGUUUGUUGUGUCAAAGGAAAAAAUGGCAAAGGAGUCUGUCUUACUGAAUCUGGCUGUAUAUAACAUGGCUAUGAAACCUGCGUUUUACAGUUCAAUACUGACAGAUUUGUCCUCGCUGGACGGAAUGGAUGAAUACCCUGACCCAAUUAAUUUAACCAUAACUGAAACCUUUGACAAUGGUGUUCGUCUGAACUGGACCAUGCCCUCAACUUGUUACGAGAUGUCAACGGUUGUAGUAGAGUUCCGUUCAUCCAAUGACCGAGUUCAUGUCCUACAUGUAGAGCCAUACACCGACUGGCUUGAUUUGACAGAUUUGGACCCCGAAACAAGUUACAACAUGUCUUUUGUUACAGAGUAUGGAACACAAAGAAGCGAUCCAGUAUUUCUACAAUUCCGAACUUCUGCUUCCAAAAAUGGAGUGGUGGCUUAUGCUCAAGCUAACGAGCUUCUGCAACUUUCAUAUUUAUUAAUCAUUGUAUUUUCCUUACAUAAUUGUUUUUGAUAUUGUUUUAAAACAACUGUACGAAAUUAAAAAGUGUAUCCUCUAGAUGUCAAAUAUAUAAAGCGAUACAAUUUUUAGUGUCAGUUAACUAGAUGAUAUACAUGUAAGAUAUAUAGAGAUAACGAAACUAUAAACUAUAAAUGCAUUUUCCCAUGGCUAAAGCAAUUUAAUUUUAACCCUAUUAUUUUAAUUUUUGUUGUGAGCUUCAUAAAUACAAAUUCAUUUUUAUAUCAUUUGAUAAAAAUCUUUUAGUGAUUAAUUUUGUUUAUGAUAAGUUGCAAAUUGUAUAUACACUUUGAUUUAAA